AUGGAUAUCAGAGACCCUCAAGCAAACGUUACCUCCCAGCGAACACCUCUUGCACUUGUCGCACCGCUUCUGGAAGACAAUGGGUGGUCCAUGAUUGAGCUCGGUUUAACUGUCAACCGUGGUGGACUCGCCUGCCGCGUAGCUACAUGCCGCAGGUUGAACAUCACUGCAAUCACCAUUUACGUAGAGGAAUCUAAUCAUACGGACUGCUUCACGGACACAGGCGGAAGCAAUUCCCCCAGGCUACGUUUAUCUCAGCGAUCGCAGCGACUUCCUCUAGCCGUUUGUGAACAUGGGCUGAUAUUCGUUGGCCCUAGUUCCGAGGCGAUGCCAACUUUUGGUGAUAAGAGAGCGUCUAAGCCAUACCUCCGCGAGCAUUUACCAGAUCUCCCGCUGAUCCCCGGCUUCUAUGGCUCCUGCCAACAAAGAUCUUUAUUUAUGCUAAAAACUAGCUCGGACAAGAAUGGGACAGGAAUAAGGAUCGUCCGAGAAGAAAGUCAACUACAGGCUGAACUGGAUUAG